AUGGAAAGGGGAAAGACAAAUAACUCCAGUGAGAAUGAAAGUUAUUACAACCUACUCUUAAAUUACAAUGAAGUGCCCCAAUCAAAUAUCUUGUUGGGUCACUAUUUGGCAUCCAUCGCAGAUAGAGAUAGCCACAGCUACAAAAUCGCACGCAAAACAAAAUACACUCACACCACACAAACUUCUAUCUCCAUAAUGAAGCCAACAAAAAUAAAAAAACAAAAAAUCGGACCGACUGAAACGUUUGGACGUAAUAAACAUGCGCCAUACAACAAUUCUUUCUUCUUCAUCUUCAAAUCAUCUUUGCUUCACGGAGCUACACAACACAAUCUAUUCAUGCUAUAUUCACCUGCAAGCAUUCUACAAUGA